AUGUUGUUGACAACGUCCCUCCUUUGCACUAUCCAAGCAGGGUGCAGCAACGUCGACUUGUUGGCAUGGUCGUCCCACUUGAGCACGCCUAUCAGCGUAGCAGCCGUUCCGUUAGCAUCAACUUGUGAACUGUCGAACGACUCCCCACCAUCAGACGAGACCGCAGAACAAAGACUCAUUCAACACCAGGCAUCAGUCAUUGACUACUUCAUCGACAUUGGACGGCGACAAGAGGAGUGCCUCCAAGCCCUUGAGGAAAAGCUUCAAACUUGUGCCACAUCUAAGCGCAAGGAAAGUGAUGUCAAAGUCGGGCAAGUCAUGCCAAACAGCAAAGGGAAACGCUCAUCGAAGCAGAAAAAGUAUACGUCGAAGCAUAUCGUAGCCUACAUGAAGUUGUUCUUACCCGACGGGUUUGUGCUGGACGAAGACAGCCAAACGUUCCGCGACGACGUGCUGUCCACAGGAGCUGCCGCAGAGAUCGCUUCGCUGGAGUUUCUGCGCAGCAACAACUACAAGGCACUCAUCGACUGGGGCAUCUCAAUGCAAGGAUUAUCCAUUACCGCCAGCUUCGUGCAUGUGGACGACCCCCCCAGUUUCAUUGGACAUCCUUGA